UAUGCAAAAUACGUAGGGGCAUUUCUGGAAUUUGCAUUGAAAGGGGCACAAUAGGCUUCCUCGUCGUCCUCUUAAUCGAAUCUGCAACUCGAAGGAUUCUUCUUCUCUUCCCCCAAAUCCCCCUUUUAUCUCUUCGUCUCUCUCGCUCUCUCUUAUCGGAUUAGGGAAAUGGAUGCAUCGAAUCGGGGGAGCAGCCAUGCUGACAUUUACUUGCCGAACUACAAGCUGGGGAAGACCCUUGGUAUUGGCUCUUUCGGUAAAGUGAAGGUAGCGGAGCAUGUGUUGACCGGGCACAAGGUCGCGAUCAAGAUCCUCAACCGGCGCAAGAUAAAGAACAUGGAGAUGGAGGAAAAGGUUAGACGAGAAAUUAAGAUUCUAAGACUUUUUAUGCACCCCCAUAUCAUACGACUUUAUGAAGUCAUAGAGACGCCUUCGGAUAUCUAUGUUGUGAUGGAAUAUGUGAAGUCCGGUGAGCUCUUUGAUUAUAUUGUUGAGAAGGGUAGGCUGCAGGAAGAUGAAGCUCGUAAAUUCUUUCAGCAGAUAAUAUCUGGUGUGGAGUAUUGCCAUCGCAAUAUGGUGGUUCAUAGAGAUUUGAAGCCGGAGAAUUUGUUGUUGGAUUCAAAGUGCAAUGUGAAGAUUGCCGAUUUUGGGCUGAGCAAUAUUAUGCGGGAUGGUCAUUUUCUUAAGACUAGUUGUGGGAGUCCAAACUAUGCUGCGCCUGAGGUUAUAUCUGGAAAGUUGUAUGCGGGUCCAGAGGUAGAUGUUUGGAGUUGUGGGGUGAUCCUGUAUGCUCUUCUCUGUGGCACUCUGCCUUUUGAUGAUGAAAACAUCCCCAAUCUCUUCAAGAAGAUAAAGUGUGGAAUAUAUACUCUUCCCAGUCACUUAUCACCGGGUUCCAGAGAUUUGAUCCCUAGGAUGCUUAUAGUUGACCCGAUGAAACGAAUCACAAUUCCUGAAAUUCGUCAGCACCCAUGGUUCCAAGCUCAUCUACCACGUUAUCUGGCAGUUCCACCGCCAGAUACAAUGCAACAAGCAAAGAAGAUUGAUGAGGAAAUAUUACAAGAAGUGGUUAAGAGGGGUUUUGACCGCAAUCAGCUGAUCGAAUCACUUAGCAAUAGAAUUCAAAAUGAGGCUACCGUGGCAUAUUACCUGUUGUUGGACAACCGAUUCCGUGUUUCAAGUGGUUAUCUUGGAGCAGAGUUCAGGGAAUCCAUGGAAUACAAUCGAGGCCAUCAAAAUGAGAUGACUUCUCCAGCAGCUUCAUAUCGAUACCCAGGCCUUACAGGGUACAUGGACUAUCAAGGAAAAGCAGCGGCAUAUUUUGGUGCUGAGAAGAAAUGGGCACUUGGUCUCCAGUCUCGGGCACAUCCUCGGGAAAUAAUGACUGAAGUCCUGAAGGCUCUGCAAGAGCUGAAUGUGGGGUGGAAAAAGAUUGGGCAUUACAACAUGAAGUGCAUGUGGAAUCCUGGCCUUGCUGGUCAUGAGGGCAUGGUCAAUGAUGCCGUUCACGGUAAUCACUACUUUGGCGAUGAAUCCACGAUCAUUGAGAGUGAUGCAUCGAAGUCGAGAAAUGUGGUUAAGUUCGAAGUGCAGCUGUACAAGACAACCGAAGAGAAGUAUCUGCUGGAUCUGCAGAGGGUUCAGGGUCCACAGUUCCUCUUCUUGGACCUCUGCGCUGCUUUCCUGGCCCAGCUACGGGUCCUCUAAAGAAGAAGACGACGUUAUCUAUGAGAAGGGCUAAGCUCAAGAGAAAGUCUUCCCAGAGGAAGUUCUGUGUGAUGCCUGUGAAUAAAUUAAAAAGAUCAAAAGGGAGGUGUAUAUAACUUGUCUCUUCAUCUUCUCUUUAUUUUGUCUUUCUUAAAUCUCCUCUGUCCCUGGUUUUUUUAUGGGUAAUCUUCAUUGGGGUUCAAAAUCGUGGUAACGGAUUGUCCCGACUCUUUCUGGGAAUCAAUGUUGGGUUCGGAUACGUCAUCGGCCUUUUGGGCGCUUAGAGCCUACGGAGCUGGAGAGGGAAGUGUCUGUCUCACUAAUUAUGGUGCAAGCAGCUGACCUCACGGGUAAUUCAUUCUUGUCUUCACAGCAAAACAGCCUAGUAGUGUCCACUUUUCUACUACCUUUUUCCAAAAUGAUGUCGUGUAAGCAGUAGAUAUUGGUUACCUUAUAUUAUUUCUCUUCCUUGAUAUCCAUCCUUCGAAAUUUUACUGGGAAGAUUAGUAUAUUAUGUUUCGUACUGGAAAGAUGUAGUCUCUUUCAGCUUUCUGUGGGCGAAUGCCGGGAUGUGAACAAGUUUAUGUUU